GCCGAUUUCGUAAUCUUAGUUUAACUUGAGUAGUAUUCUUUUAGUAAAUUGUUCAGAUUGUUUUGGUUAUCCGUGUGUUCAAGUGUUUUGUGACAGAUAUUUCCGGUUUGUUAACCUCGUUACCAAGAAAGCAAACGUGCCGGUCCCUGGGUUUCUGGGAAAAUCGCAUGAAUUUCCGCUUACACCUCGAGCUGCAGCGGGAAAGAACUCCUCACUGGCUAUCCAUCUUCCCUUCCACGAUUCUGAGGCAGACAAUACUCAAAAAUGCCUGUAUUAGGCAGCCCAGCUGCAGACGAUACUGUGGAUUUAGUUGAUGACGAAGUUGGAUUCAAGCUGGGCAAGUUUUGCGGGAAAUAUCGUCUCCGGUUGCUUGUGGGUCUGCUGAUAUUCCUUGUAAUCGCGGGAAUAGUGUUCGCUGUUGCGUGGACUCUAACCAGACGUAUGUAUCAUGAAUUAAUAUUAGCUUGUCUGUUUGUGGUAAUGACCGACCUGUCUUAAGCAAAGUUAGCCAGUGUUAAAGAUGCUGAGAAGUCAUGUACUAUAUUCAUACGACAGAGUAUAAUUGCGCUUAAGCCUGCAAUACUCACGCCUGUUUCAGAAUCAAAGUGCUUGCAUGUCAAGUCAGCGAUAUACGAUAGACUUUAAUAAUUUUACAAAUACCUCAGUUCAGCUCAGCUCAGCUCAGCUCAGCUCCACUCCUAUAUUCCAAAAACCAAAGACAGAUGGGCUUAAAACUAGACAAGGCGCUGUUAAAUAUUAAAAUGAGUUGUGCCCCAGACGCGUGAUAAACAUGCACGGAGAGAAGCGGACUUUGUAGGGUUUGAAUGAUUAUUGAAAGUCAGACGAGACAGAUACAUGUAGCCAUCGUGAAUUUGUCACGAUUUGUCCAUCGGAAGCCAAUAUUGUGUUAAAACAUCACAUACAGAAGUUUUAUUCACAUAUCCACAUUUGUUUUAAAAAUUCAUUAGUAUUCACAUCCCUCAUUGCAAACAAUUCUCGUAUAAAUAUUUUGGGUUGAGUUGUGUCUGACGAUUUAGGCAAGAUCUAUUUCAGGUUAUUGACGAUCCGUUCCGUCCUUAUUGUUUCACGCAAUGCUUUAAGCCCGCUUAGCUGAACUGGAAUUUGGAAUACGCAAUCUGGAAUUGAGAAUCAUGGAGAAAAGUCCGGAAACCUUGCAAAUCUCUCUUAUUGGAGUUAAUUUAAAAUGUGUACUUAAAUUUAACAAUGCGCAUUUUUAUUAUUAUCUACAUAGAGGUCAUAGCUAAACAUAAAACGAAACAAAACUAAGACACAGGCGUGUCUUUACAACAACUUGAAUCUAAUGCUGUUAAAAUAAAGCGCAAGGUAAAACGAUGCAUAACAUGGCUGUCAAAACUCAGUUGCCUUGGUGAAAACAGAAAACAGCCAACAUUUUACGACGCUACCAGUGGUUCCCCUGCGAAAUGAAGUCUGAGAAAUGAGAGCAGAAAUUCCAUACUGAUGAUGCAUCACUACCCAGAUCUCGUUAGUGCUUCUGAUUGUCUGAAGAAAAUUUCCAACGCGGCACGAUCAGUCGAAAGCAUAGCCUGCAUAGCAGACGUUAAAGUGGUGGCGGGGGCGGGGAGAGUGUAAGAAAGAGGAGAAGGGAAUACCUGCUACAAAAGCCGCGUCUUUUGCUCUUCGCCCCUCAUUUCAAUUAUCCCAGCUGUCACUUCAACGACCAAUCAGAAUUAGGCGCACGCUUUUCUACGUGAAUGACCUCACGCGGGAAUGUAUCGCCAAAAGCGGUCUCGUAGCUGUAAAACUUGAGAAAAUCUUCGCGACGGAAUGUCGGCACCGCGACUCCCACAAAAAUUUGUAAAAGGGGACGGAAACCCAAUGCAAACGUUAAAAAAAAAUAGCAGUUGUAGAUUUUGUGGAGUUAACUUUACUUCUGGGGGAGGACGAGCCUCAUUUGAAAAUUUAUUUUCGCCGUCGGGAAGAGUUGAAAGUGCAGGGCUGAUUUUAGCUCAUUGUUGCGGCUCUAUUGGGUUGUGAUUAACUAGAAACGAAAACUUGUCAGAACAGGUCUGCAGACCUUGUGGUCGCAAAAUUAGAAACGCAGCUCAACUGUACAGUUUCAUCGAGAAAGCUUUAAGCAACACUAUUGUUGAUGAAGAUUUGCAUCAAGAGGCUGUGGAAGAUCGCAGCAAAAGACAGCUUUCCACUGCUAUCACGCCAGAAAGAAGCGAUGUAAGAACGAAACGUCUCGAAUCUGACGGUGAACAGCUGAAAGAAAAAAGUCCGGGAAAGGUUAAUUUUAGAAAGAUCUUCUUUGCAGAAAGCUCGACAGUGAGUGACUCGUCGGACGCAGAGUCGCGAAUUGCUGGUAUUAAAACACAUUAUACACAGACGCCUGAGCAAGUAACACUUACACUCGCUGGACAAGAUGCCGAUAUUUUGUUGAAUUAUUGUAGUAUAAAAGAUAUUACGGGAAAGCCAAGCACUCAGCUUAAGGCACAGGCAUUGAUUUUGAAUCCUAACGGAGAAGUCAUCAUUCGGAAAAUGUUUGACAACACGACGCUGGCUAACUGAAAUCGCCAGUUUGGUUUGCUGAACAAGCUUGUUCUAUUUUCUGAUUAACGAAAUAAGAAUUUGCGGACGCCAGCGUCCGCAGAGGUAAACAAAACGGGGUUACUAUAGCAGGCGUUCCCUUCCUUCUUUCCCCAAUCCCCUCUCCUUUUUUUCCUCCCUCCUUCCUUCUUUUCUUUCUUACCCCUCCCCCCCUCCCCCUUGCUACGCAGGCUAUCAAAAGCAAUACCCAGAUCUUUGUGGUGACGCGUCAUCAGUAUGGAAUUUUUGCGCUCGUUUCUCAGACGUCAUUUUGCCCGGAAACCAGUGGUGGCGUCUUGGAAUGUUGGCUGUUUUCUCGGGCAUCUUACAGGUCCAAUGCAUGAUUGUUACGUACUUGGAUGUUUAAAAAUUCCUCCUCACAGUGAUCGUUUUGUUUUGUUUUCUCUUCUAGCACCAAAAAUUUGCAAGACUGCCCUGUGCUAUGAAAUUUCUAAAGGUUUGUGGUAUUUGUUGCAUUAUUUAAAGAGGCAAAUCAUUAUUAAGCCUUAUAUAUACGUAACAUUUCUUCAUUGUCUCGUAGCCCCCUUGACGCUCAAGAGUUGCGUCCUCCUUUAAUUUUACCAACGACAAAAAUCCCAGAAAGUAGAAAACAAUCUGCCUUGAUUCGCCUACAGUCGUGGACAAAAACGUUGAGAAAAAUGGACGUUACGAUAUCUACUUUCAAGAUAAAGCUCUUGUAAGCACUGGCAACUUACAAAUACUCCCCCUUCCGCCCCCAAAAAACAAUGGUUAGGUCCAGCUGGAUCAUUUCUGAUCCCGACUAAACAACUUUGACCAGGGUGGGGUGAGAGGAGGGGCCAUAGCGGUACCAAAUCCACGGGAUACACGUUCUGUGGGUAAGAAAGUGCAAAAUUCUCAGUACUUGUUGUCCAAGAUUGUAGAGUUACUUACCGCUUAAAACGUCCGCUUUUCACCUUUUUAUUGCGGAAAACUCACUCUAACAACUUAUUUCCGAUAAAACCAAACUGUUGUGUCUCACAUCCCAACCGACCUCGCUCUACAGUAGCUUUCGAAACUAUACCCUUUAGACCCUGUUAGCUAAACCAAUAGCUUAGAAAAUGGGAGGGGGUAGCCUGAGAACACUGACGUAUUUUCGGCUAAAGCGACGACCGGAAAUACGUCUGCGUUCGCGUGCUUGGAGUGGGGGGAAAGUGAAAGCCCUGGGAGCAAGGUUAACGUUCGAAGCGUCUGUGUGACUUUCGCGUUUUGCUAAUUUGAGACUUUUGUUCGUUAUUGAAGAUAUUUCCAAUCAGCUGGACAAAAGUGUAGAUCCAUGUAAUGAUUUUUACUCCUACACCUGCGGAGGCUUCUUCAAAAGUCACAAGCUUGGAGUUAAUGAAAGCUAUGUUGAUUCUUCUUCCAUUGUCUACAACGACAACUUGAAGGUUUUAAGAAGUGCUCUGCAGAAUUCUUCGUUUAACUAUUCCCAGGUUGGUGUGUCACUUUCGUCUUGUUGUUGCUGUGCGAGUGCCCGAGAGCGAGCACGAGAAAAAAAAGCAAUAGAUUUGCUUCUAUUUUCUCUUUUCCCCACCACCAACCCCUUGCGCUUUCGGUCAAUGAAUCCUCCGCCGUGUUUUUUUCCAUACGCGCACUCGACAAUCUCUGAAGAGAAAAUAGAGGGUCUGUGAACAGGCUAUAGUCGAUCUCCCGUGAUGAACUAUUUUCACCAUGAAAGGAACAGUUGAAGAGCACCUGAGAGUAUGUUACGAUUGAUUUUACCUAUUGACCGAUCAAGACAGUCGACUCAUGUAGCCGAGCGUGGACAAGGCCGAGCGUGGACAAGGCCUAAGUCUCCUAGAGUUUUUCAUAUAAGGAAAUUUCACCUCGUACUGUAUAGUCGUGCAGUGACGGCAACGAAAAGAUCAAAAGAGUGUGCCGCUCGUGCAAACCUGGUUUACUUAUUAAACCUAUUGCUUUUUUGACGUUCUCGUUGCCUUUUGCGUUUCUCUUUGGAACGCUAUGCUGACUAUGAUCUGACCUACUGUCUUUCUAUUUACUUGCAGAGUUUGUCCAUCAAGAAAACAAUCAAGAUCUACAAUUCCUGCCUCAAUACAACUGCCAUUAAUAACCGAGGGAAAGACCCUUUGGUAAAGUUGAUCGAGAAAUACGGAGGAUGGACGGUGACCAACACGAAACGAUCGAACGUUUUACUAGAGGAACUAAUGGGCCGGGUUCUGAAGGAACUGAAUGUUCAAACCUUGCUGAAGGUUGUCGUUGUCACAGAUUUGUAUGAUUCCAACAAACACAUUCUUAACGUAAGUACAAAUAAGGCGUAUUCGGUCAGUUGGCCUUGUCUCCCUCAUCCUUACACAUCAAUUAGAAGGGGACGUACAAGAACCCGUGACAUUUUUCGUUAAGAGUAGGGGACGUGGAUCCCGGUUUCAUGGUGUAUCUGAUAUGUUCCGUCUUUGGUCUGGAUGGGCGAGGUGACAGCAAAAACGGACUAAAGCGGCUGCAUAGUGCGCCAUUACAUGCCGACGUCCGAUCUCAGCUCGCUUGCACCCCCGUUAUUUUUAUAAUAGUGGUUAAUACGGGUCGAAUAAUUCAUUCUUUGAUUGACGGGUUUCACCUCGCUUGAGCAUCCAGCCCUAUCUAGCCCAAAACUCCGAGUCAGUCACUAAAGGUUCAUGAGAUAUCAGCCCGAAUAACUUGAUUGUCUUUGCGGUUUUUAGAUUAUCCCGUCUCAGUUAGGAAUGAGUGCUGGUUACUAUAAAGACAAGUCUGAAAACGUAAAGGUUAGUUUGUUAAUCAGUAACCUCACUCCCAGUGUCCUAAAUCUUCCUCGCUCACGCAUUACAGGGCUCCCUUUUCUCUCCGUUAAUAUCAGAGACUUGAGCCCAGUAAUGCGUAAGGGAGAGAUUUCAGACCCAGGGGAAUUUGACAUUUUAAUGGAAGCCAGAGCCAAAUUCCCCACCCCCAGGCACCUACUAAAUGUCAAUUUCCCGCCUCCGGGGUAACUUUUUCUAACAGAGUCAGGACUUAAUAAUUAACAGGUUGGAAAGGAUAUGUCUUUUACAACCUCACAUAGUGUUCACUGCAACACAAGAGAGGCAGUGCCAGAAAAUGUCAUCCUCUGCAGGGCAUAAUAAAGGUGGCCAAGAUGCUCUAACACAAACUUGAUGGUACCACAUGUCACAUGUGUCACACUGUAUCCACAGGACUUGUUCUUGGGCAUUAUCAGGAUCCUCACUCUUGCAGAUUUGGCAGACCUGUCAAUUACAAAAGGAGACUACUCACAAGCCAUGAUUUUUAAACUAGUAGUAAUUGAAAAACAUAUACUUCCAAUCUAAAAUGAGUCCAAAACUGCACUGACAAUAAAGUAACUAGCCUCUGUAUUAUGAUUCUCUGUCUUUUUGUUCAAUCCUCUUUCCCUCCUCGUCUUGGCUGCCUUUGAUGCACCACGUUUCCGAUUAUCCUGGACAGUUUGAAGAUGUUGGAACCACAUGGAUACCUUCAGAAAGAAAUAGAAAAAAAGUCACAACAAAAACAAAAGUCUAAAUAUGUGCAACAACAACUUACCUCGUUUUGGGGGAGUAAUACGUCAGCAGCAGCAACUUCAGUGUCUCUUCUGUUAAAGAGUUCUUUCAAUACUUCUGUAGGAGGCUGAACCGCUUUGAUGGUUUUAUCAGCAUGUCUGGCAAACAACUCUUCAGGCACCAUAUAAUGGCCAGAGCAGAAUCCACUACACUCCUUACAGGCUAGAUUGCCAUAGGGUCUAUAAAGAGGAAAACAUAUUCAAUUUCUACUUUCGUAUACAGUGUUUUGUAUCACUUCUUCAUUGACCAAGUCAUACAACACUAAAAAUAGCAAAUUCUUCAUUUGUUUUACCUCUUUGGAUCUGGCACAGGAAGAGGGGUGAAGCUGAGAGGAGGACCUCCUGGGUACCAAGUUGGUUCAACAGCUGGCCUUCCAUCUUUGCACAGAGGGUGAAUACACUCAUCUUGGUAGCAGCAGGUUAAAUGGAAGACAUACUUAUCUGGUAAACCAGGAACUAGGUGACGGGCUCGAAGGUUCCACACAUCUUCUAUCCUCUGAUACUCCUUAGGAUGCUCUUCCUUGAGCUUUUUCUUCAAACUGGGUUUCCCCUUGAGAAAUGUUUUCACCAUUGUUCUCAACCCUUGGAUUUCUGAGCUUUCUGUACCUUUGUAAAGAUGUACAACUGUAUCAGCACACGGACAUUUGUUUACCCGGCUUAUGUACACAUCAAUAGCAUCACUGAGGUUUUGCUUUAAUUUGCCUUCAUCUACAUUACCACUUUGUGAGUCCAAACAAGAACCAUUUAAGGUAGAUGGUAUGAAUAAAUUAGAAUGGGCCAGUGCAAGACAUCCAUUUUGGAGCUCUACUCUGUUUUUAUUACUUGAGCCACUGUCUCGCGUGGUGAGAAUGAGAACUCGAGAGGCUUUAUCAAGAUGGUAGCAUGUCCACCAAAACUGGACUUCCUUAUGAGUGGGGCCCUCGUCAUGGCCGCCAUCAACACGAACACAAACUUUCGUCUUUCGCUCGCCAGAGAGACAGUUAAAAAAAGCUGGUUGCACAUCAAGAUAGGUCUCAAUUUCAUUUAAAUCGUUGAAAUGUUGAGCUGGAUUUUUACUGUGCAGUGGUACGGCUUUCACAACGCCAGCACAAAUUUCAGCAGUUGUCCCAGUACCCAAGAAGUUGUACGACGUAGUCUGUAGAGUGGAUGGAUAUUUAUUAACAUAAUCUGACUUGGUUGUUAGUGGUACCUCUUCAGCGAUGCAUAACGUAGCACGUUUGUUGUGUGUUACAAGCGUGUCAAGACGAAAACCUGCUUGGUCAUCCCGGUUAAUAUUCAGAAUAUCAUUUCCAUCUCUGAGGUGUAAAGCAUCUAGGCUUCUGUAAAACGCUGCUGACCAGUGCUGGUCUGGGCUGUAUCUCAACGUGAAUCCUUUUCUUGCCCUUCUGCAUGUGACUCUUGCAAGACCCCUAUAGCGUGUGGAUGACUUCCGUCGCUUGUUUCUAGCCACACAAAGUUCAACAACUGUACUGUACCCAAACUUUCUAUUGUAUACCAUUUCUAGAUGUUCUUUAAUCCUGCUAAACGUUGGUUUCUUCUGUACUUUGCGAUUACCAUCAAAGGUGAGGACACCUGUCCUGCGCCAACUGUCUGCCCCUGCACCAGCACUCUUGACAUAAUUUUCUAUCGUCUGACCUAUGUCUGGACACUCUUUUAGGAUCUUGCUGACAUUCUUGCCUCUCCUUCUCCUCAGGAAUCUUUCCUCUGCAAUCUUUUUUGCAGCUUUUCUCUUCGCACCAAGGCGCAAGUUCCUUAUCUUUUGUAUAAUUGCUGACUGGGCUUCCUUUUGCAGUGGGUCAUGGAUAUUCCCCCAAUCAACCUCCAUUUCUUCUGCUUCUGACAGUACAGCCUCGUCAUCUGCAUCAGAGUUGUUUUCGUCAAGCCUCCGAGCAAGAAGAAACGCUUGUCGGCUUUGUUCUAUUAUCAGUUCUUCCCUCUCGUCUAGAUUAAACAGAUAGAGUUGGCCACUAAAAUCAAGCAGCAACUGAUCAAUAGCUUCUUUUGAGUAAUCUUUCAUUUUCUCCUUGAUGACUUCCACAAAGCUAAACCAAUUCAGCUCACAAGACUUAAGAAUAUCCAUUAGCUGGUGGGAAUUUUGGUAACAAGCUGACUCGGUUAUUUCUUUGCUCAGGGAGAACUGAUGAGCCAUAUCACCUAUGUCAGUGUUUUGAGAAGGUGCAAGUCCGAUUUCUGAUACAUUAAAAGCACUGUCAGUCUCACUAACCAAUCUGUCUUCUGAUUCAUUCAAAGUGGCAGGGAUCAAUUCACUAAGAGAUGUGUUUUCCACUGCAUUCAAGGCACUGUCUUCCUCACCGUCUGCAUCCGUGUCUGUUUCACUUUCAUCAUGCUCCAAAUCCUCAUCGCUUUCAACUUCAAUUCCAAAAGAUUGUAAAACUGCUUUCUCUUGAAUACUGGCAAUUGAUGCCACUGCUUCUCUGAUCUCUCUCAUUUCCCGCAAGGCGUUUUCAACCUUGUCCUGUCUUCGUUUUAAAUUCUCAAAGCCAUAUAAUUGCCUCAAUUUUGUGUGACUUAAUCCAGAUGAUUUUACAAUACCAUAGGUUAGUCUCUCUCUUUCAGCAUCGGACUCUGUCGCUGAAAGCAGUUCCUUCACUAAGCUUGCAGACAUUUGCAUACCAGUAUUCUGAGAACCCCAAUCCUUUCUUUUCAGAAGGCUUCUUGUUAGUUGCAGGUUAGUAUCCUUAGAUACCAGAUAGAUGGUGUUGGUCUUGCUUUCCUUUAUUUUCAGCGCUGCCAGUGGCAUCUGCAACAGCUUCCUUUUUGCAUCUUUUGCCUUGUAUUUUACUCCAGGAGUUGACAUUGCAAACGCUUCGUUCAGUUUAAUGAAGCCUUCAUCAAGGAUCUGCUUUGCAACACUUAACAGGCCAAUACAUGCUGUACAUGGCUGCUUAUGUUCUUCAUAACAUAUGUUUUCUUUUGUUAGUAUGUACUUAUCCAGUGUGAAUCCCUCUAAUCUGGAAACAUCAGUAACAUCAUCAACUUGGAUGUAAUUAGAUAAGUUUUUAAAACUUUUCAGCCGCAAAAUGUCAUUCUCAUAAAGCCCCCUAUAGGAUUUAGAAGUCUCUAGAGGGGGCUUUCCCGAAAACCCUGGCCCUCUUCGUUUGCAAUUUGUGUCUGGCAACAGGUUUCCCUCUCAUUAGCAUGUGUUUCCUGAGGAUCAGCCUCUCUUUUACCUCCUGUUUCUACCUUUUCACCUUUUUCUUUAAGGUUUCCUUGAUUCAAACUUUGAAAGAGACUUCUCUGUUUCUUCCCAUCAGCAGUAGUACUCUCUUCUCCAUCAUCACACUUUUUGCUCUUUUUAUACCAUUUCGACUUACUCUCCUUCCUUUGCAACAACUGUAACUCUUGCUGACACUUAUGUAUUUCUUGCCUGAUUGUGUUCAUUUCUUUUUGUAUUUUGUCACAAGUCUCCCAGUCUUUUGAAGAUUGGGCUUUGCUUUGAUGUAACAUUUUAAACUUCAUUUGUUUUUGCUUGCCAUCAAUAUCUUCCGUAAGUUUGGUGAUAUGCUCUUUUCUGUAUGAAUCUGUUGUAUACUUCCUCUUGGCUGGUUUCUCCUCAUCUAUUAAACCGGACAACGUUGAUCUCGACUUACCCUUCUUAAAUGAAAAACUGGUGUCGCUUCUGACAACUUCUUUGGCUUUUUCAUAAAGCACAUCUCUCUUUAUUAAGAGGGAAGGAUCCUCUAAAGCCAGUUUUGCUGAAGACUCAUUGACAGCAGUUUCGUAGGAUGUCAAAACUCUUGUGGACCCUUUGCCAUAGAUCUUGGAAGAUUCGACAAUCACCUGCUUGUUGUUACCGAUUGUACAGGACUCCUACGACAAGAGGUAAGAUGUCCUGUUAACUACAAAAUGUUACUUUAAUGUACACAAUACUAGUAAAUAUGUCUCCUUUAUUCCCUUUGAAUUAAAUGAUUGAUAAGCACAAAUGAACAAACACAUUACAUACAUAUCUUAACACAUAGCAGAAAUAAAAUGCCAUACUUUUUUAUGGCUGUAGGCUAGAUGCUGUAGAACUUUACACUAACCUUUACUUUUGGGCCGAUCUGGAUGUUGCCAUUAUUGACACAGAUAGUAGACUGAACUAGUCCAGGGCUGCUGCCACAAGCUGCCCUUGCUGAUCCAGCUGUUACAAAGACAUACACAAAAUAUUUUAAGCACUUAAGUAUGUCUUGCCCCUACAUAGUUAGUUUAAGAUUGGAAUCUUGCUAGCAUGUGUUGUAGUGGAGGAUGAACUGCCUAGAUUUAACAAUCCUUCAUUUUAAAUACAUUCAAAGUGCAUUUCUAAUAGUAUUAUGGCCCCUCUUUCUUGCACAAAAAUUUAGGAAAUGAAGGCAUAUUUUUUCCAAUAAAAUUUUUAUAAAAUAUUACAUUGUCAUUGAAAGACAUGAAAACAAACUAAACUUCUUACAGCGAUUACAUAUUCUAGAGAUGCAUUUGAAGAAUAACAUUGAAUAUGACAUAAAUGGAAGAAAACUGCACUUACAUUUUGAUGUCGAAGUACAAGUAGUAGGGUUACACGUCAACGUACAAGUAAUUGAGGAACUUUUGGUGGCUUGGUUUGAUUUCUGACAUUGCCAAAGUAAAAAUAAAUCUGAUUUUAAAUACUGUUCCUACAAUUUUUAGCAAGUGAUGUUUUUAAAAAAAUAAACGGACAUAAUUCCAACGAAAUGAAUCUUGUAUUUAAUGUCAUUAAAUACUUACAUUUUCUUUUAAUAUUACACGAAGCGUUCCCUUGUCUUUCAAAGAGGCUAAGUCGACCUCAUCAAUGUCUAAAUACUCGCCCCACUCAUCAUCAUAUUCCUGAAAGACUAACGUCUCUGCACUGUCGAUUUCAAAUUCCUUUUUAACAGUUGAUGGAAAUGUGCCGUCAACGACGAGAACUUUUCGCCGCUCACCGUACUGAACAAGGACCUAAAACAGAGCGAAGAAAACAUGCGUAAUAAUCAGCUUUUGAAUGCAAUCAAGCAUCACGAAGAACAUUCAUGAAUAUGCAAACAUGCACAAAAAGUAAUCCAAGAGAAACAGAAGGAACGAAGACUCUUCUAUUUAUAAACAUUCGAUCAUACAAUGAAGAAGUGAUGGUUCAUAUAUACCGAAAAAUAAAACAGAUUUCCUUACCUUUCUUUCGCUCAUGUUGUCUUGAUACUUUGCAGAAAAGUAGAGGUCAUUCACCUCUGGUGACUUCUGGGUAUUACCAAGAUGGCAGGUCACUCAUUUCCAGUUUCUCUCGGUCUUCCAAGAUGGCGGCCAUGUCAAAUUCCCGACCCUGGGGCAACGCUUAAAUGUCAAAAUCCCUACCCAGGGGAAGGCACUCUCAGUCAACUUCCCGUGGGUAGCCCGCCCCCACCCUGGGGCUUAACAUUGAUAGGUGCAUUACGGCCUCGUAUUUUGCGCGUUCUCUUAACCUUAUAUGGUAAAAUGACAUAAUAGUGGAAUAAUAAUAGUAAAUAAUUUAUAAUUUAUUUAGCGCUAUUCAGCUACUCUUUCAUAGCGCUUCACAAUGAUUAUGUUAACGUAGAACCUAAAAGCUAAAAAAUACCGAGGUAAAUUAAUUUCAAAGCUAAAAAUAUAAAUACGUGUACAAGAAAUGAAAGUUAAAAAUCGAAAAUCUUAAAAUACUGCGAUAAAUUUCCCGACUAUAAAAAUAUAAAUACGUGUACUAGAAAUAAACGUUAAAAGUCAGAGGCUUCUUUAAAAAGAUAAGUCUUUAAAUGUCUUUUAAAAAUAGCGAUUGAUAGAGAUUUGCGAAUGCUAAGAGGCAAGUUAUUCCAUUGCCUUGACGCAGCGGUGCUGAACGCCCGAUCUCCAUAAGUCGUUAGUUUAGCUAGUGGCACGGCAGGGCUCGAAAUUGCGACUGAUACGGUCGCCAAUGCGAUUAACAUUUUCUCUUUGGCGACUAAAAAUUCAAGUUUAGUCGCCAAAGUGGCGACCAGAGUUCUCUAUGAUUUAGAUUUAAAUUAAAAGAGUAAAGUUAAAACAAACAUUUCAUCCUAUCCUGCCUUGCUUUCAUAAUAGAAAAUGUGCCAAAUCGCAUAAACAAAGCCAGUUUACCUCCAAAUGUAUACCGACUUCUAUUCACGAUAUUUUCAAAUCUGAUCUAAUUUCGUGGGAUUUUUAGGGGCAAAUUCGCAGAAAAAUCGAUUGAUUUUGCGGGAAUUUUGGGGGCAAACUUAGCCGAAAAUCAAUCGGUAAAAAAAACGAUUUUGUGGUUAUUUUCGGGAAAACUUUGUUCGAUCGGUUUUGGGCUGACCAGACCAGCAUUUUUAUUAUGUUUUUCUAACAGAGGUCAUCAUUUGCUCUUUCAACAACAAUAUGCUCCAGAACUGAACUAAUGGCAAAGCCUUUAACAUCAUGGCUAGUGCCCAGGUUUUUGCAACAUAAUUUACGCCUCGUAGUUUCGAAACGUUGUUUGCACGUUUCAGUGACGAAGUUUCAAGAUAAAUUUACAAGUUUACGGAGAGUAAAUAACCCCAAUAGCUGACAAACGUUUCAAACAUGUUGUACAGACAUGUAUUUGAUAAGAUUUCUACCGAAUUUUGCGGUAUUUUGCGUGUUUUUGUGAAUUUCGAGGCUCUGCGACCCGCGCGAAAUAUCAGAAGCCCUGACUGUGUCAUUUACAAACUGGCGACUAAAACUUUGCAUCUGGCGACUAUUUUUCUCCAGGUGGUCGCCAAAAGGCGACUUGAGGAUUUUUUUAAUUUCGAGCCCUGCACGGUGAGCAGUUUUUGCCCACUGGAACGUAAUGACCGAGAGAACCUUCGAUGACUCAGGAGACUAGAAAUAUAAUACGGUACUCUUACGUGGAUUACUAGGCAAAACCACUCAACCGUGACUGUGUGACAACAGUUGUUUUUCCCAUGAAAAUCCUUCUAAUUUUCGGAAGCCGUUGCAAUCGCUGCUUUAAAGAUAUACGGCUGAAAUUUUAUAGGUUACCUCAUUUUAAUAUGGUCUUUUAGUUUUUGCAAUGAAUUUUUUUUGUGUUUACAGAAAGGUGAUGACAUGACCAGCCGUUGCAAAAGGCUUAUCAAUGAAAUUAAAUUUUAUCUUGGCAGGCGUUUAACUCCAACAAACUACACUUAAAUUUCGUGAAUUUUUCGAUUUUUCAAAAUGUAAAUUUGAGUGACAGAUCCUUAGCCGGGACCAUCAUGUGACAUGAGGAAAAAGCAACAACAGUGACAAACGAAUUUUUGUGAUUUUGCCCCCUUUUACUCACAGAUUCAAAAGGCGUACAAAACCUACAUGAGAAGAAUAGGCAUCUUACUUGGAGGGGAUCCCUCUACCGUGAAAGAUAGAAUGAAUGAGAUAUAUGACCUCGAGAAGAAACUUGCUAAGGUAGGUUUUAAUUGGGUCUGGAAAGAUGGGGUGGUUGUCCUGGUCCUGCAAUCCCGCUUCGUUUUAAUAAGAAUCCCGUAUCCCGAACUUCUGUCAUCGCUUUCCCGAAUAUCGUUUUCUUUUCCAGUCUCGCGUCCGUGUCCAAAUUUUGGCGAAUUCCGCUUUUCGGGUAGCAGACAAAGAAUGUAUCCCGUUCACGUUUCUCGAAUCCCGAACUGUAUUUUGGUCCAAUCCCGGGUCCCAGGAAUACCCAGUUUCAUACCUUGUUUUAAUGUCCAAGCUUGUUACCAAAGAGGUUUUCAACGUCACAAUCUCGUCAACGGAAUGUCAAAAGCUCUGUUUGAAGUUGUGUAGUAAAAGUAAGAGUGAAUUUCAUGCCAGGCUGUUGUUGCAUUCAAAAUAAGCAAGCAUUGAGUCAUUGACUGUAGCUGACACGCACUUACGUUUUACAAGUCGCAAACCUUUUUGCGGAUGUUUAUAACCGCGGCAGCAUUAGCUCGGUGGAUAGAGCCGACGGUUGACUGUAUAACUUCACAUGGCUGGGAUGAUCACGUAAAAAGCGGGCGGUCUUGUCUCUUACAGGGAACGUAAAAAGAGUAUCCCCAAUUAGUACUUGCGUGCUGAGCACAUUGACAAUCAAAUAAAUUGUUUUUUUCUUUUAACCGGGAAAUGCUCUCCUUGCCGCUGACACGAGCUAUAAGAAAAGUAAAUGUAUUUAAUCCAGCUUUGACUCCUGGAAAAAAAUGUGGAAUCCAACUACACUUCCUAGUGCUUGCCUCCUUUCUUUACACAGGCCUAUGAAGCUGGCACCGUUUCCGAGGAUUUGGUAGAGACAGUUCAACAAUAUCAUCGUUCAGGGCGAUCAGUAGAUUCUCUGGAUCAGACCUUGGCCGAUUUUAGUUUUGCAUCAGGUUUCACGGUUAGAAUAUUUAACGAUAUUAGAAUAUUAGUUGGAAUAUUUAAUGAAUGAGGCUGAGUAUUAUAAAAAGAAUUAUGGAGAUCGAGGAGGGUUUAGGCCGAGGCGGAUAACACCAUCCGAGAUCUCCAUAAUUCUUCAUAUGAUACGAAAGCCGAAUUCAGUAAUUGUUUUAUUAUUCUUUCAAAAUUAUUCCUAGUUUAAAAACAAAGCUAAAACAUGCUUACCUCCAUCGAUGUUAAGUUCACCUUCGAUAGUGAACGUUUAGGGUUGUUCAGCUCCGCAAAUAUUCUCCAAAUGGUAGAUGUGGCCCUUCGACUUGUGUUCUUUCUGUUCUUGCCAUGUUUUUAGCUAUAAUUUCGCCUAGUUCUUACUCUUGAAACGAGUGAAAUGUCCGCCUUUUUUUGUUUUUACAACCAAAACAACUCAACCUCGUCCCCAGGUCUUCUCGGUUAAAGGUGCAUUAACCUGCAAGAACGCUGCAUUUUUGACGUCAUUUCCUCGUUAAACAUAAAAUUCUUCCAAAUUUGGUCAUCAGUAACUGGUUAUGGUGAAUUAGGCGUGUGCUUUUAGCCAAUCAGAAUCGGGGAAAUAUUUUGAAUGAAUAAUAAAUUCAUAUUAUGUAUCAGUCAGCUAGUAUUAUGUUAACAUUGCCUUAUCCCCGUUUGGCCAAAUCCCUUUUUGGUGAGAAAUGUAACGACUUCAAAUGUCCCAUCGUUUGAGCAAUAAAAAUAUACAUCGUUUAACCCGCUGUUUGAUAAACAAGUGAGUAGUUUCAAAGCUGUUGAAGAGACACAAAUUCGACAAGGUUGAUACUGCGUACAAAAAAUGCACGUAAUUCAUCAACACUAAUGGAGAAGAACAUGAUAGAAGCGUGACUGGUGGAGGCGUCCCAUCCGUGUCAUGUUGAUGGCUUGCAAAGUCAUUAUUCUUCAGGAAACUGUACAUGGCACCACCAAUAGGGCUCCUACCGUACUGCAUUUUAAGCAGCACCUCCAGGGCCCAGUUGUUCGAAGGCCGAUUAGCGCUUAACCCGGCGUUAAAUUUAACCCUGGUUUCUUUUUCUUAUGCUCAAAAGCAUUUUCUCGGAUAAUUUUAUCUGUUAUUUUUAGAGCUUCCAAUCAUCAACUUGUAGACAAAAAGAAUUAAAACUGAAAUGCUUUUUAAACUUUCAAAUCUGAAUUCAAAUCUCGCACUUACCCUGGGUUAUCUUAACCCACCUUUGAACAACUCGGCCCAGGCCACCUUUUGAGAAGGGUGUGGGUUGGGUUAAGGAUAGAAAAACACACUGAACUCAAAGGACCCGUUUAAAUGAAUGCAGUAUGCAAUAUGUUAUCUUGGAAAGUGAAUUUUUCUUUAGUAAACUUUAUCUCUUGGUGAGUUCAGCUUAGUAGAAGCUGAGCUGAAAUACCCAGUCAUUGUUUUCCAGACUUAAUCUCUGAAGGAAAGACAUUAAAUGAUUCUGUUUAAAGGAAAACAAAGCAUUAGCGUAUUUUGGUUGUUUUUCUACAUUGUCUCGAAAAAUUGGCUCAAUUUUUUUAAAGUUGCAAUCCGUUUCCAUCCUGGCGCCCGUUUCUCGAAAGUCCCAGUAUUUUUUCCGAGUGCGGAAAGCUGUCUUAUGUUUUCCAGGUUUGCAUUCAAGACCAAAGUUGAAAUAAUUUUGAAAACGAUUAAAUGAAACUAUUAGUUAGCGAGGCAAAACUGACUGGUUUGUGAGCUAGGAACUGGCUACUAUUCAACUAGUUUUGACCGUAAAAUUUGCCUUCGGGCCCGAAAAGUCGACUGGCCUUUCGAGUAACGGGCCAUCGAGAGCUAAAGUCAUACAUUUGUACAAUAUGGUAAAGUAUAGUAGAGUAAACCUCAGCCAUUAUUUCAAGGUUUUCUUUCAUUACAAUGCGUUUUUACAGAUUUAAAGACUUUAAUAUCAAAAAAUCGUGUCAUAGCUCCUUUAAGGAUAGAGAAAGAAACAGUGAACUCGAAGGACCCGUUUAAAUGUUUUUUUUUUUUUUACAUACAACAAUGGCUAAUAAGUCUGGACCAAGAUCUUAGACAUGUCAAGACCUAAGUUUGCUUGUUUUUUUUCAUAUUUGCAGGCCCGCUUUAUGCAGAAUUUUCUAAACGCCGCCUUUUCCCUCCAGGGAAAAAAAUUCAGUUCAAGCGAGGAGGUUUUUUACCAACACAAAAAGGGAGGUGAAGCACCAAUAUUCAAAAGUAUAUAUGACACGUUUACCUCGUGAGUAUAUUAAUUCUGGCUGGUGUAAAUAAUAACUGUUAGUCUUGCACCCCCAUUUGACGCAAAAUUUUCGCACUCUUAGCUAGGCCUAGGCCAAACGUCGAACUUUUCAUGAGACGAACCAAACUCUAAUUUGGGUCAACCUAAAUUCGUCUGUUGGGUCAGACUUCGCACUUAGGACGCGUCGAACCAAUUAACUGAAUCAGACCAAAAAGCAAUUUUAGCCGGCCAGUAAUAAAUUUUCUCCCGAACGAGGAUGAAUAUACAUCAUAAUACACAUUUUUAAUUUAUCAGUUUAGUUCGUCGCAUUUGAAGAUCGACGUUUGUCCCGAGGCAAUCUUCAGACGUUCUAUCCGUCUGAAGCAGACGGAUAGAACGUGCUGGACGAUCUAAAUUCAUUCGGACAAACUUAACUGAUCCAGACGUCGAACUUUUCAUGUACUUAACUCGCUAAGUUUGGUUCGUCUCAUGAAAAGUUUGUACCACUUGACGAAGUUUUCCGUUUACUUGUAGUUUCCUGUUCGUUAUAUACAUUGAAAAAUAGAGAGUAGAAGUGUGACGUCAGGUUACCACGGUGGCAAAAUUUCUGGAUCUCAACAGUCUUUCUUGACAGAGACAGCUAUUUGAAUUGUCGAACUAUGGAAUCAUGAAAGUAUGGGCUACCGUUUUGUUCUUGAGUGCAAUGAUGCACUGGAAAGUCAUACAUGUCAAUUUUUUCGUUUUUUCCUUGCCAUAUUUGCCACGAUUUGUUGAACGUUUGCUACCAUGGCAACGUGAUGUAACGACUUCUCUCUGUUACUAGCCUCGGUUUAGAUUAAUCCAUGUUAUUUUUUUAGAACAGUUUAAAUAUAUCUGCUCAUUUCCUAAUUGUGAACAUAAAUUUCCCGAUUGCCGCUUGUCGUAAACGUGAAUUUAAAAUUCUCUAUUAUUUGAUUUUAGUUACAACAACCGACGUUAUAUCGUCAAAAACUACAUAAUGUGGAAAGUUGUUUCCAGUUACGUUCUGUCAAUGCCUGAUGGAUUUGUUAAGGCUAAACUUCAGUUGAACGAAGCUGUGGCUGGGAGGCGACAAUAUCAAAGAUGGUCGGCCUGUAUCCAAGGAUUGAUGGCACCAAUGGACAUGACAAUAGGGCGGAUGUUUGUUGAUGCACAUUUUGAUGAGAACACUAAAUCGACGGUAUGGUGAAGUUUUCGUUGCGGUUACACUGGGAAUCGCUCGGGAAAAAUAAAGCUGCGAACACGUUUCCCAUUAUGCAAUUUGUUCCCCCCCCCCGCCGAAAUUUUGCAUAUUAAUUGUUUUCAGUUUCUCUUGGGAGUAAUAAACGACCCUUGAGAAACUGAAAACGAACCGUUUGCCAAAUUUAUGGGGGACAAACAGAUUCGUAUGGCGAAUGUGAAAGUCGCAUAUAGGAAGCUUAAGCAACGAUGACGGCGAUGAGGGUGGAAACAUCAGAAAAAGCAAUAGGUUGCAAAAGCCAAAAGGUUUGCACCACGUGAAUGUUUAGCUGCAACGUGCCUAUUGUACUAUAAAGCCUUUUCACAUGACGUCACAUCCGACAUGUUGGUGUCCCAAAACAGUAAGCCGGCGGCCCUGUGGGAGUUGAACUCUUUUCGGAGCUCAGGCAUUAUCCUAUAUGUGACUAACACUGUAGUCGCUUUGUGGCAGCUUUCGUAAAUCUACGCCUGCUUGUAAACCUUGGCUCAAAAUCCCAAUUGAAUGAGUCCAAAGUUGACUCCAAAUAAAAAAUACCGGUUACUCUGUUAAAAGGUGAUGCUUGACAUACCAAGUCAAUAUAUGCACUAUUGUGUUGUUCUGGUGUGUGAAGUUUAUUGUGUUAUUGUGUAAGGGCUAGGGAUGAUUGUUGUGUUCUUUGUGACGUAAAUCGAGACUUGCUAUUCACUUGGUAUAUGGUGCACCAGCCUCAUUCGACUUUUUAAUUACAUGAAUCAGCGGCGUCUCGUUUUUAAUUUUCAUUUUUUUAGGUAAAGGACAUGACCACUCGUGCGCGCAAGUCUUUCAUUAAUAACCUUAAAUCACAAGACUGGAUGGACAAGAAUACAAAAGAUAAGGCUAGAGAAAAGGUACGUGUUACCCCGGCCAUGGGAGGGAGGGGAAGGGACACAUUUCUAGAACGUUUGGUAUGUGUGACAUACUAACUAAAUUCUUUGGCCUAUUUCUGUCCUUUGUCUCUUAGUCCUAAUUCAUGAAUAAGAAGGGCUAGGAGACAAAGAAAAUGGAGAACCGACUUAGGUUAAAAAAGAUUUAAGCUGAAUUAAUUUUGACCAACAACAGACACGUAAUAUUUUUCUUCAGCAAAUUGUUUUUAAGUUUCCAAUAAUUGACCAAAGACAGUCUUGGAUCCUGCAUUUCACGCUUUGGAUUCCAGAUUUCUUGUCAGUGGAACUAAGAUUCCAGAUUUCAAUCAUUAGUGGGAUUUUGGAUUCCUUGGGCUGGAUUGCGGAUCCUAAAGCCUAGGAUUCCGGAUCCCAUGAACAAAGAUUUUCCGCAUUCCGCAAUCCAGAUUACAUAUUGACAUGAGGCGAAAAAAUACACAGUAAGAAACGUUUCCUAACUCUUUUAACCCUAUCAACACCAGCAACGCUAACUAAAACAACUUCCCUCUUUACCAUGACACCACACAGUUCUGCGUCGCGUACCAUUUAUGUUGUAUUUUGUUAUUCCAGGCCAAUGCUAUGAAAGAGGAUGUGGGGUACCCCUCUUUCAUCAAAGAUGACAGUAAGCUUGACGCUCUUUACGCAAUGGUGAGCAAAUCCUUUGAUGGUUGUGUUUGUUCUUAUAUAAUGUCCCAAAAGCUGAAUCUUCGUUCUGUCAAAAUUUGAUGUUUCUUUUACAAUCACCAGUUAAAUGUAAGUGAUGAUUUUUUUGACAACACUUUGGCAUUGAACAAGAUGAUGGUCCAGAAAAAUUUGGGAAUGCUUGAUCAACAAGUCGAUAGAGAUGAGUAAGUACCUUUGACGAUUUAUGGUGUUUCAAUGUUAUACACUAUAUAAAUAUAUCCUGCAAACUUGUAGUUGUUCCAUAUUGUCAUUGAUUUUAAUAAAUUUUCUCAAGCACUCUUUUUUAGUCGAGCUUGCUUUAGCAGCGAGGCUCUAAAAAUGCAUGCGAGAGAUGUCGAGCUUUUCCGGAACGGGUCGGUCCACGAAUUCUAUCGCUUGAAAGCGUUAAUUACUUUGGAACAAGCGAAAACUUCAGUGAAAACUUCGGUGGUGAGGCUAUAAACUGGUCGGGUGUUGAAAACUUUCAUUGUUGGCAAAUGAGUCUUGUGAUGAGCAUACGGUUUAUUUUCGGCGAUGAUUGAAAUAACGCGCCAUGUUCAUCACGUUUUCGGCCUCUGGCAAUGAUGUUAUUUCUCUCGAAUUGAUUUUCGUGUAUUUUUACACGCGUAUUGAAUCAUCGUCGAAUACGAUUUAAAAAGCAAAUAUCCUGAAGAAUACUCGACCUUCGAUAAAGUAGGAAGUGAAAAACUUUUGCGAGGAAAUCCUGUUUCGUGUAGAAUUAAUCGCGUACUCAUUUCUUAUGAAAUCUCCAAGCAAGCGAGAGUGGCCGCUUUUUUAAGAGCGUUCUUAUUUGUCUCUUUUUUUCCUGUGUGCGCGCCACAAGAGGAAUCAUGGUCCAAGGCGUUCCUAGCGGAGACGUGGAAACUGGGGGUAAAUAUCGAGACGCGACCUACAACAUAUUUAAAAGAUUCCGAGUUUUUUCGGAACGGGUCGGUCCACGAAUUCUAUCGCUUGAAAGCGUUGAUUACUUUGGAACAAGUGAAUCUUCAGUGGUCGAAAAAAGAAGAAUCUUUAUGACCAAACUUCAGUGAAACUUUGCCAGAUGGUGAGGCUAACUGGUCGGGUGUUGUAAACUUUCAUUGUAUGCAAAUGAGUCUUGUGAUAAGCAUGCGGUUUUAUUUCGGCGAUGAUGGAAAUGACGCGCCAUUUCAUCACGUUUUUGCUCUUUGGCAAUGAUCUAAUUUCUCUCGAAUCGAGGCCCUUGAUUUUCGUGUAUUUGUACACGCGUACUCAAAUCAUCAAAUACGAUGUAAAAAGUAAAUAUCCUGAGGAACAGUCGACCGUCGAUAAAGUAGGACGUGAAAAACGUUUAGCAAGGAAAUCCUGUUUCGUGUAGAAUGAAUAAGCUCGGCUUAACGCCUUUUUUAAAAGCGUUCUUGUUUAUUUUAUCAGUCUAUUUUGUUAAGUGCAAUUUUGUAUUCCAGUAAUAGUACCAUCGUAAUUCUAGCUUGGUAAUCAAUGAAAACUCGAAGAAUUCUCGUAGUACUGAUUCUAUAAAAGCUUAGGAGGGCACGUAGGAGGAUAGCGUUGUUAAGAAAUUACUUAGUACCAAGUUACUUAGUGGCAAGAAUCGGCGACAAAAUUGGGGUAACUUUUGAGAACAAAACAAUCCAUACCCCUUCCCUCUCCCCUCCAUUCAAUGUUGAGGUGUCUGUUGCUUUCUUACAGGUAGCUCGAACAGCGACACAACAUUGCAUGGACGGGACCGGGGAGGGAAAGUAUUAUUUUCCCCUUUUAAAGUCGAUAAAACGUCAGAACGGCCCUUUAGGGGCAAAGUGUCUCAACCAAUUUUGUCGCUGAUUGUUAUUCCUUGGGCUUCUCAUAACACUUAACUAGAUCGUUACAAAGUUGUCGUGUUUUCCGUUCAGUGUGUAACAUUUGGCAUGCACAUUGUAGGUGGCCAGAUGGUCCCGCAGAAGUCAAUGCAUACUACAAUAGGCGGCAAAAUCGAAUAGGUAGGUGGGCGUUUCUUUUGUCAUUAAUCAUGUCAAUGACAAUGACAAUGACGGUAACAGUGACAGUGACAAUGACAAUGAAGUGACAGUGACAAUGACAGUAACAGUGACAGUGACGAUGACCAUGAAGUGACAGUGACAAUGACAACGACAGUGACAUUGAGAAUGACAGUAACAGUGACAUUGACAAUGACAAUGAAGUGCCAGUGACAAUGACAACGACAAUGACAUUGAGAAUGACAGUAACAGUGACAUUGACAAUGACCAUGAAGUGACAGUGACAAUGACAACGACAAUGACAUUGAGAAUGACAGUAACAGUGACAGUGACAAUGACAAUGAAGUGACAGUGACAAUGACAACGACAAUGACAUUGAGAAUGACAGUAACAGUGACAUUGACAAUGACCAUGAAGUGCCAGUGACAAUGACAACGACAAUGACAUUGAGAAUGACAGUAACAGUGACAUUGACAAUGACCAUGAAGUGACAGUGACAAUGACAACGACAAUGACAUUGAGAAUGACAGUAACAGUGACAUUGACAAUGACAAUGAAGUGACAGUGACAAUGACAACGACAAUGACAUUGAGAAUGACAGUAACAGUGACAUUGACAAUGACCAUGAAGUGCCAGUGACAAUGACAACGACAAUGACAUUGAGAAUGACAGUAACAGUGACAUUGACAAUGACCAUGAAGUGACAGUGACAAUGACAACGACAGUGACAUUGAGAAUGACAGUAACAGUGACAUUGACAAUGACCAUGAAGUGCCAGUGACAAUAACAGUUACAAUUACAAUGACAAUGGCAGUAACAGUGACAAUGACAGUAACAGUGACAAUGACAGUGACAAUUACAGUGAUAAUGACAAUGACAAUGACAGUGACGGUGAUAGUGACAACGACAGUGAGAAUGACAACAAAAAUGACAAUGAUAGUGACCGUGACUUAAGUGAUAAUCAUAAUGAUAAUUGAUAAUGCCGUAAACGGACGCUCAUAACCUACCCCACUUAUAAGUACUCCCAGUUAUAGGCCCAUCUCACGACUGUAAACAAGAAAAUACAUCUGAUCAUUAUAAGCCCCCCCACCCUCCAAAUGUAUUGAAAUGAAUUCAAUUAUGACGUUGUGAAACUUGAUAAAAAAAACAGUAAAACGAAAUCCUAUUUUGAUCAGUACUGCUAUAGCUUGUUUUCUAUUCUAGACUGUUAGCAGUCUCUUUUUUUUCUUUGCAAACUUACUGCACGCGAAACCCAAGCACGCAAGCGGCGAUCGGUGAAGCCGCGAGCCGCAAUAAACGAGGGCGUGUAACGUAAAGUCUGGUUUGCAAUCGCGCUGGCUGAAAUAAGAACUAGACGGAUUUUAAGAGAAAAGGCGGACUGCAAACAAUCAAUUUCAAUUCCGGUUACAUGGGCUCUCGGAUAUAAGCCUCUCCGUUUAUAAGCAUGUUUGUUUGUCUUUAACAGUGUUCUUGGCUGGAAUCUUACAACCUCCCUUCUACAAAAAGAAUUAUCCAAAGUAGGUAUACUUUGAAGCUGAGGUUAAAUAAAAGUGGUAAAUAGAAUUCAUAAGCACCAAAAAUAAAAAUCACAGUGCUCUGGUUGAACUGCGUCGCUUAAAUAUUUGCCAUUUUCGUACAACACUUACGUUUCUGGAUCAAGGACAUAAAGCCGAGCUGGCCUUAUUAGAGGGCAAUUUUGUCUGACCAAUCCGUUCAGUACUCAAAGGCAGGUUUUUCUUGAGAACCCAAAUAAGCGAUCCAAAAACGUUUAUAAAUGGCUGUCGAUAUAGAAUUAAGCGUACUUUACUAGCUAUAUGGUACUAAUGCUUGCGCCGUGGAUGUAAACAAUGCUUUGUAAGCCAAACUGAAUAGACCCUUUCACGGUUUUUUCAACUUUUGACUGAGGCCGGUUGGCGAAAAUCCGUCAACACAGCUGGAAAGAACGCCUUAAAAUCAGUACAGUUGUCAAGUUCAAAGCUGUUUGUUGAAAACGUACGAAGGUGUAGCUCCGCAAAGUUGCGCAAUUUUACAAACGUUUGUUUGGUGGGCGGCAAGUUUCCCUCCAUCCUCCGCCGCCACCACCACCACCACCACCACAGUACAAACGUCCGUAAAAUUUCACGACUUUGGGGGCUAUAUCUUCUCUCGCUUUAGACGUAUCGCUUUCAAACUUAGCAAGUUUAAUUUACUACUGUUAAGGCGCACUUUUCAUCGGUGUCAACUGAUUAUAGCCCAAUGAUCACUAUCAAAACCUGAAAUGGUCUAUUUUCACCGUUUCUCUGUAGAUAUUUCAACUAUGGCUCAUUGGGGAUGGUGGUUGGGCAUGAACUUACCCAUGGAUUCGACGCAGGCGGUAAUAUUUUACGUAUCGUCGAAUUAUAUGAAAGCAUUAAAUUACUCGCUAUUAACAAACGUAUCAGCGGGGAAAAAGACAGUCUAACAAGGGCGGUUUCCAUUUGUCAGAAUUGACCGGCCAGACCAUUCCUGUCGUAAUGAGAAUUUCGCUUUUAAUCAAAACUAUUCGGCUAGAUCAGUCAAAUCGUAAAUAAUGUGCACGAAGGAGAUGGUUUUUCAUCAAAAACUCGUGGAAAAAGCCUAUUUCAUUGUCAAAAUAACUGGUCCGGCCAUGGUCCUGCCGGCCCGUCCUGACUUCUGGAAACCCCCCUUAGUAGUUUGUAAACAUUGGGUCUUAAACUGAUUUGAAACGUUGGCCACUCCACUAGCGUCUCAACUCUAUUCAAAUAUUUAAUAACCAAAAGCUGUCUGAGUGUGGCAGCCUUACCUCGAUCUGUGUAAUUCUUAACAUCAUAUUCAGUCUCAUCUCACAAUCGCUCAUUACUAUAACUUAACUUACUUUGAAAUUGAAAGAACAUGGUGCUAAGCACACAUUUUGAGGCAGUUCGUUUCACAAUAUUGGCGCAUGAAUGAAAAAAGCUCGCAAGUUUUCAGAGAAUGAGAAACAAUCCGGACUUAGGAAUAUGAAAGAGCUUUCAGACCUUCCUUAGGGGUCAGGAGAUAGGAGAAUUGAGAUUUUAGGGGGUGGCGGUGGGGGGUGCCGGGGGCGGUGGGGAGAGAGAGAAAGGAAGUUUCUUAUUGUCGUGUAAAGUGACUGUUACGUUUUGUUUGUUCACUUGUUGGUUUGGCUUGUUUCAGGGCGUCUUUUUAAUAAAGAUGGAAAUUUGAAAGACUGGUGGUCUCCAAGCUCGUCAUUGAAUUUCAACUCUAGAGCCAGUUGUCUUGUUUAUCAAUACAAUAGCUAUGAAGUGUUUGGGCACAGUGUAAGUAGUUACUUGUGAUCUCUCUUUUGCCAAAAUCUUUUCACCGCUUGCCCGUGAGAGGUGUCUCGUGGUUUGAAAACCAUUACUUGAACAAUCAGGUCUUUGUUUUCUUUCUGACAGUUAACUGAGCCACAUUCACAAUCUGCAUCUAGCAAGAUCUACAACUUUAAUCUAUAAUUGUUUACAUUACAUAGAUAUGGUCAGCUAGAGGUCACAGCAUUGACAUACUAAAUAACAAAGUAGAACUGAAUCAGUAUUGAACAAUACACAUGAUAACUAUUUAAAUAGCUGGGUUACUUGUAAAUAAAUUAUAAAUAAUUUAAACAACGUAAAUGAAACUAAACACCAUCAGAUAUACUCUUGUUGUAACAAAUUAAAUAAUUAAAUUACUUGCGGCUCUUUUGAAACCAUCAUAUCAUUCAGAUUCAGUCACAGAAUCUCUUAAAUUAUUCCAAUCCCAAAUUGUUCUUGCAAAAAACCUAAACUUGUAAGUAUUUCCUGAUGAGCAGGGGUGAAUGAACUUCUUAGGAUUACUGGCGAGUGAUUCUUCCCUUAGGCUUAAUGUGGUCAGGUAUCUUAAGGCAGACUGUGUUGUCUACGGCCUUUCACAUAAGUUGGAGUCUAGCAUUUAACCUCCUCCUCUGAGGCGAUGACCAAUCAAGCUUUUUUAAAAGGUUUGUAACUACCCCGGGUUCUCUGAUGUAACAGGAUUUAACCCAGCGAGCUGCUCUGCGUUGAGAAGUUCUCAAUUUCUAGAAUAUGUUUAUAAAGGUGAGGGUCCCAAGCACUACAAGCGUAUUCUAAGUGGGGUCUAUACAAGGGUAAAGUAGACCUGUUCCUUAACUUUAACUGGACAAUUACCUAGAUUUCUGCGAAGAAAGGCGAGAAUCUGAUUAGCUUUCUUAGUUAUAGCAGCUAUAUGGAGAUCCCAGCUAAGAUCACUUGACAGCUCUACUAGGCCUAAAUAAGGGUGGUGGGUGACCAUAGUGAGUGAGACUCUGCCAACUUCGUAAGAAAAACUAAUGGGAGAAGUAGCCCCGGAGAAUCGCAUUAAACUAGUUACAUUUCUUUAGCUUAAAUUUAAGGUUCCAUUUGGAGGCCCACAAGAAAAGAUUGGUCAAGUCAUUUUUGCCGAUUGGCGAAGUCAAUGUGUGUCUCUACAACGCUAUUGUUUCUUUUGACUGUCUUACAGAUUAACGGUAAACAGACCUUGAAUGAGAACAUAGCUGAUAAUGGAGGGAUAAAACUGGCAUAUGAGGUAUGCAGCGGGAAAAUUAUAGUCCUUAUAUAUAUAUAUAUAUCUAUUUGCGACUUUCACGUUCUCCAUAAUUAUUAUUCCAAUUUGCAAUUUGAUUUCUCCACAAAAUUGUGCAUCAGUAUUGUUUUAAACUUCUCUUGCGACUAACAAUCCUCCUUGAGAAACUGACAACAAAACUUUUGCAAAAUUUUUUGGGAAAAACAAAUUGCAUUGUGGGAAACAUGAAAGUGGUAGGUGUGCUAAGUCGCAAAGCAGACCACUGAAACUGUUUGUUUUUUAGAAGAAUUAAGUUUGCGGUCAACUCUCUAAAACGAACACUGUGGGACGUCUUGGAGGGGUAUCCGCCUUAGGAAGAGUAAAACAGCCUGCGAAUUCAGCCCCCUUUUUUUGCUCCUUGCCGCUGAGGACCUUUUUCUUCAGUGAAACGUCCCAACGACGAGGAGUAAUAAAAAAGACUGUAUUCGCAGACUAAGAGUAAAUGGCGGGGUCCACUGUAGGUGUCCGUGUUUUGGAGAUGUCCUUCUUAUAGAGAGUUAAAUAAUAGGAUUAAAGAAAGGCGGAGACCACUCUAACGGUCCAUAUUAGGGAGGUGUCUGUCUCAUAGAGAAUCAACUAAAACAAACAACGAAAGGCAGGGAGCCACUCUUAGUGUCAAUUUUAGCGAGUUGUUCUUCCUAUAGAGAGUCAAUUAGAAGGAGUAAAGAAAGGCAGGGACCAACUCUAGGUGUCCGUUUUAGUGAGGUGUCCGUCUUAUAGAGAGUCAACUAAAAGGGGUAAAGAAGGGCAGUGACCACUCUUAGUGACCGUUUUAGCGAGUUGUUCGUCCUAUACAGAGUCAAUUAGAAGGAGUAAAGAAAGGCAGGGACCAACUCUAGGUGUCCGUUUUGGCGAGGUGUCCGUCUCAUAGAGAGUCAAAUAAAGGGAGUAAAGAAGGGCAGUGACCACUCAGUGCUAGGUGACUGGUUUAGGAAGGAGUUGGCUGUAUAUUAUCAGUAUAACUGCCUUUGUUCUGUUUCAUGUUGCCUGCCUCUUUUAUACAGGCAUAUAAAUCUUGGGUUUCGGACCAUGGAAAGGAAGGGCAGCUACCGGACUUGAAUUUGAGCGUGGAUCAACUUUUCUUUAUAGGAUUCGCUACGGUAAGUUAUGUACAUAUCGAACACUACUGAGAGACAACUAUGUAUUGUUGCAACAAGGUUUCCUGGCUUUUUUGUACCCGCAAAAUUUGUUACAUCGUCUACAGCCCCUGUAGUGGAAAAAUACUGCUUAUCUGAAAUAACUGUCUGGGUUUCCAAGAAUUAUGUCCGACACAAAUUCUUUCUUUUCUAUACAGGCCAAAAGUCCCUAGAUAAUUAGAACGAGAAUUUUAGGUGUGGUGUUCAGUCUAGGACUUUGCUCCUGCUAUACGUAGUCUGUAAAAUGUAUCAAUGGACAAGUAAAGAUGACUGUCUUGACUUGAUAUCCUCACGAAGCAUAUGUAUUUUGUCCAAUCUUUGUUAGCAAUUGUGUAGUGUCUACAAAAAGGAUGCGGCUCUCUUUCAACUGAGGACUGACCCACACACGUACGAUAAAUACAGGUAAUUACAUCGUUAUUUUAACGAUCUCAGACCAAGUCUUUUUUACCGCUUUAGUUGUUUAAUUAAUUGUAUUUCGUUUGGUAAUAUAUUAACAGUACAUCUCUGCAUAACCUGUCUGUGGUAAUGAAAGUAUGCACACUCCUCCCUUCCCCCAUUCACCCCACCCCUCUUUCUUUACAAAUGAGACUUACCGGUUGGAAACUCCAGGGAGACCGGGUACAAGCUUUGGGCUCAGCGAUUUCUGAGAUUGUUUGGGUCGACAAGUCUUAGUUAUGAUUGGACGGUAGUAUUCAAGGCGCAGUAACCAAUCAUAAGUAACGCUUGUCCACUCAAGCUAUCCCAAAUAGUUGCGCCGAAAGCUUAUACCAAUUCCCCAUUUAGUUUCUGGAAUUGGGAAUUGACCUGGUAUGUUGCGUUUCAAGCUCGAGGAAAACGUUACUUUUUUCGCAUAAGAUAUCGCACAGAAGCUCAAGCGUAACUCUUAAUCAAGUUAAGUUAAAGUUAAUAAAGCUUCCCACCCUCCUAGUCUUAAAACCCUACUUACCUCUAACCCGCUUUCCUGAUAUCAAAAGCGGGAGAGGGUGGGUGGGGCCAGUGUUUAUAACUUCCUACAAUCUGUCAAUUUGAUCAUCUUGAUUCCUGAUCUUUUUGCAGGGUGAUUGGAUCGCUGUCCAACUUUGAAAGGUUUUCAAAAGCCUUCAGCUGUUCAAGUAGCAAAGAGAUGAACCGCGGCGAAGACAGGUGCGCCGUAUGGUGAUCACGUGGUGAGCUGGUCAUGUGAUGCACGCUUUUAAUCACUUUGUUUCGCUUCCGGAACGAGUGUUUUUUCCAUCAGAUAUGUGUUACGUUCAGUUCAACUGAGUUAAAGGUUUUUUUUAUGUAACCAGUUGUUGUGUUAGCGGCGAAUAUUGAAUUUGUUAUAAGCACGCCGUUAAAUUUUGUACUUGUACAAAGUCCAUUUUGAGGUAGAAGAAAAAGUUAAAGCAAAUAUGUUAUAAUAAUC